AUGUCGUCGCGACCACAAUCACCACCCAAUGGCAUGCGCGCACCUCCCUCCCCAGCAGCGCCCAAGGAGAGCGCAAUAUCUAGACUUCUCAUAGCACCUCUAACAUUCAUCUCCUUCCUCCUCAGCCUCGCGCUGAUCGAUUCCCGAAACCACGCCCUGCGCACUCACACGCACAACAAUGGCCCAUCGCCCCCGUUCGCCCGUGGAAAAGCACUCAUCCACUCCCUGAUCUUCAAGCGCGUACCGGACCCAAGUCCCUACUCCUAUGUUAGGUCCCCAGAUGCAAAGAGUGAGAGGGGCAGCGGGGAUGGGAAUGUGGAAGGUAAAGAGCAGCCGUGGCAUUGGCAUACGAAGCAGCGCAAGAUGAUGAAGGCGGAGAUGGACGAUGCGUUUCGGAUGCGGAAAAGUGUCAUGGUGUUUUUGAUGCUUGUGGGGGUGGGCAUUGCGGUUGCUGUGGGGGUUCUUGGGAGGUGGAUCUUGCGGGGUGUACUGCUGUAG